UAGUGAUAAAACCACCAAAAAUCACAUUCUCUAUAUAAAUACCAUACUCCUCGCUAACCUCAUUCAAUCUCUCACGCAUAAAACACAAACAUUUUGCUACAUCAAUGGCCAGCCACCACGUCCUCCUUGUGACAUUUCCAGUUCAAGGCCACAUCAAUCCAGCCCUCCAAUUUGCCAAGAAGCUCAUCAACAUGGGCAUUGAGGUCACCUUUGCCACAACCGUACUCGCACGGCAGCGCAUGGAGAAAGCCGCCGCCAGCAGCCUACCAAAGGGCCUGACUUUUGCUGCCUUUUCCGAUGGACUUGACGAUGGAUUCAAAGCCAGCAACGAUCCCCAGAAAUACAUGAGGGAGAUAAGACGUCGAGGCACCAAGUCUCUGAAAGAUACUGUCCUAUCUGCUGCCGAGCAGGGCCGUCCCAUCACGUGCUUGAUUUACACUCUCCUCCUACCGUGGGCGUCGGAGGUGGCGCGCGAGGUCCACAUCCCCAGUGCGCUUCUCUGGAUCCAAGCCGCCACUGUGUUGGACAUUUACUACUACUAUUUCAAUGGCUUUGGGGAUGAAAUUAUUGCCAGCUCCAAUGACCCCUCGUGGAAACUGCAGUUGCAUGGAAUUCCAAUAUUGCUAUCCCAAUGCGACCUUCCAUCUUUUAUGCUUCCGACAAGCUCCGACAAUUAUAGCUUUGCUCUUACAGUUUUCAAGGAACAGCUCGAAACAUUGGAUGCCGAAACGAAGCCAAAAGUGCUUGUCAACACUUAUGAUUCAUUGGAGCCUGAUGCGCUCAAGGCCAUUGACAGGUAUGAGUUAAUUGGAAUUGGACCCUUGAUUCCUUCUGCUUUCUUGGAUGGUAAAGAUGCUUCAGAUACUUCGUUUGGUGGAGAUCUUUUUCAAAAAUCUGAUGACUGCAUAGGAUGGUUGAACUCGAUGCCCAAAUCUUCAGUUAUUUAUGUGGCUUUCGGCAGUAUCUUGAGUCUGCCAAGAGCUCAGAUGGAGGAGAUUGCAAAAGGGCUACUAGACAGUAGUAGGCCAUUUCUGUGGGUAAUACGAGUGAACGAAAAAGCCAAUGAGGAGAAGAAAGAAGAAGAUGAGAAGUUAAGUUGCAUCGAGGAAUUGGAAAAAGCGGGGAGAAUUGUGCCAUGGUGUUCUCAACUUGAGGUUCUAACGCAUCCAUCGUUGGGGUGUUUCAUGACACACUGUGGGUGGAAUUCAAGUCUUGAAAGCAUAUCAUGUGGCGUCCCGAUGGUGGCUUUUCCCCAUUGGACAGAUCAAUGUACCAAUGCUAAGUUGAUUGAAGACGUAUGGAGGACGGGUGUUAGAGUGAGACGCAACGAAGAUGGAGUGGCGGAGAGUAGUGAGAUAAGGAGGUGUAUUGAGGAAGUGAUGGAUGGAGGGGAAAAGAGCAGAGAACUGAGAGAGAAUGUUGAGAAAUGGAAGGGUUUGGCCAGAGAAGCAGUGGAGGAGAAUGGAUCUUCUAAUAAGAAUUUGAAAGCCUUUCUUGAAGGAGUUGGAGCUGCAGGUUGUUAGUCUUUCCAUUCUCAAUUACCAUUGUUAGUCUUUCUUCUCUUUUCUGAUGGACAAUAGGAUACUAUGUAAACAUCAGAUCAAACUGUAAUAUCAACCACCAUUUUGUCAUCAUAAUUUAUUACUUUGCACUUUACACUUAAGAAUUUGGAACAAAAACAAUUGUAUUGCCCUUCACAAAGUUAUU